GACAGGCUACUUACUUCAAUACUGUCACUUGAUCAGAAAGAAGCGCACCGCCAAGAUUUCUUGACAUUGAACGAAGCGGUCGUCGAUGUUUCCCGAGUCACAUCGGUCAUUUCCGGAAGUAUCGGAGAACGGAUGCACGGAUAAGUUGUUAGGCUACUAGUUCCAGCACAUCUUUUAUCCUCAACAUCUUUAAUUCAUCGGUUUAUCCGUUUACAGUGGGGUUUGAUGUAACUUGUUGUUAGUACCAAUGUCGCUUCUGUGUUACAACAAAGGAUGUGGUCAACGUUUUGAGGCGGACAACAACCCUGAGGAUGCCUGUACCCACCACCCUGGAGUUCCUGUGUUCCACGAUGCACUGAAGGGUUGGUCGUGCUGUAAGAGGAGAACCACAGACUUCUCUGACUUCCUCAGCAUUGCUGGCUGCACCAAAGGUCCCCACAACCAGGAGAAGCCUCCUGAGCCUGUGAAACCAGACGUGACAUCAUCGGAAGACAAGGAGAGAGCUGAGGACCUCAAACCAAAGUUCAGCGAGUUCACCAUCUCUGCUCCCAAACCCCUGGAGUCCAUACGCAGACCCAGUCCAGAUGAGCCAGUGGUCAGACUACAGCAGAAGAUCUCUCCCUCUCUGAGACAGGCUCUGGAGAAACUGAAGCUGUCUGAGGACAAUCUUACUGACAAGACAAAUGAGGAUGAUGAUGUGGUGAAGGUAGGGACACUGUGUAAGAAUGGAGGCUGUGCCCGAAGCUUUGAGGGCCCUGCCAGCAAUGACCAACUGUGUCUCUUCCACGCUGGAGUACCCAUCUUCCAUGAAGGUAUGAAGUACUGGAGCUGUUGCAAGAAGAAAACGUCAGACUUCAACACGUUCCUCUCACAGGAGGGCUGUAGCCGUGGCAACCACCUCUGGAGAAAGAAAGACACGGGUAAGACGGUGGUCCCGUGCAGGUUUGACUGGCAUCAGACAGGAAGUCAGGUGAUCAUCUCCAUCUACGCUAAGAACUCUCUGCCAGACGUCAGUUACGUAGAGGGAAACAGCUGCACGCUCAACAUCCACAUUAUCUUUGAUGGAGAGAAGGAAUUUGAGCAGACGAUUAACUUGUGGGGGGUGAUCGACGUCAGUAAGAGUGUGGUCAACAUGAUGGCUGCUAAAAUAGAGGUAGCUAUGAGAAAGUCUGAACCCAUGACCUGGGCCCGACUGGACCUGCCGCCCCCCGCACCUCCCAAAGAGGAGGACAAAGAGGAGGAGGAGAGUGAUAGUGAAGACGAUGAGGAGCUCGAUUGAAGAUGCAGUGACAAUGAGAGGACUGCACUGAUUGAUUGAUUGAUUGGCAGUUUGGUAUAUGUCCGUCUGCUAGAACUCAACCCGCACAUUGUAGUCCGACAUAGCACUCAUGGGAACGUUGACUAGUCUCCACUCCACCUCUCUCUCUGUCUCUGUCUCUCUGUCUCUCUCUCCCUCUCUCUCUGUCUCUCUCGUUAUCUCUCUCUGUCUCUCUCGUUGUCUCUCUCUCUCUCUCAUUGUCUCUCUCGUUGUCU